UUUUUUGUCGGUCAAGUCACUUCUGCAUUUUACGGACCUCGUCGCGUCGUAUCGCGCGAUUUGCGCAUGAACAAAUGCAAAAAAAUAUUAUACGAAGUAAUAAUUUGAAAUUUGACAUACUGGAGAUAUUACGCGUGACAAGCAUGCUUCGUUAGCGAACUCCCUUGUCAAGAGAUAUUUCGGUGAUCAUUAUGUCUAACCGGCCUUUUAAAGCCCGAAACGCUUUUCAUCCUGCGGAUCCACCGCACGGCAUGCAAAAUUACGACGUGGGCGCUCUAACGAGAGAUCAGAAACAAGCUUUGAACAAAAUGAAAAUGACGACUCGAAAGGAAAACGAAAUUUACUUUAAAUCACACCCUGAAAUCAGAGGUCUGGUCGGUAUUUUAUUGAGGCACGUCCUAUCGAAGCAGCCGCUCAUCGAUAUUCACGAGGUUGUAGGUACAUUUUUCAACAGACCACGUCGAGAAAUUGUUGCUGACCUUUUGGAUUACUUGUCGUCCGCCGAUAAACGAUCAGACAUAAAGGACGAUCUUCGACGAGAAAUAUUUCGAACAGCCAGCUUUGAAACUUGCAGUAGCAACGAUUCGGACUCACAGUCCUAUUCUAGCUCAUGCAACUGCACACAAUCGCACGAAUGUGAUUCGAACAGUCAACGUUGUGAAACUCGCAGUAGUAAUGAUUCGCACUCGCAAUCCGAUUCUAACUCGUGCAAUUGCAACCGCACGGAUGUGACUCGCAAUUUUCAAUAGUAGUCCAAAUAGAGUCGAUUUACGAUUACAUGGUUACAUUUACAAAUCCGUUCAAUCUUUUAAAAAAAAAACCGAUAUGAAUUUUAAUGAUAAUACGAUUAGACAUGAUCCAGU